AUGGACGAAAUGUACGCGGGCGUGGACGAUUUCUUUGAAAAAGUGAACAUGGACGAGUUACCGUGUCCAGGGAGGAGAAAUACCACGCCAGGGUCACGAGCUGAGGGGAAAUUCGUGGAGUUGCUGGACUGUUACGCAGUUCCGUUCAGCCUGGAAGACACGGAGAAGGUCAUCUGGAGGUGCCUUGGAGAGGAAGAACCCCAAAGCCCCAAACCUGCGUUCGUUCAGCACUACCAUGAGUGCGAGAAUACACUGAAGCAGAGCAUGUGCAGCGCCUUCACUGCUGGCAGCGUUCAUGUCCGUGUGAUCGUGCGCAAAGUGGGCCGGAAAUACAUGGAGCAGGACCGAGGCGUGUUCAUUUUCCGAAGGCUGAUUCAGCCGGUGGCUGAUAUUCCCAUCGUCUUCCACGAAACAACGCGCUUAAUUGUGCGACCAGGCUCGCCGACCGACCUCGGCCCAACCACGGUAAUUCAGUCGCAUCGACAGUCAACGGCGAGCCACGACGCCUACUCUCUUGCCGCUCAAAGGGUGCCUCGAGCCUUCAUCGACAUGGGAGUCGCAGCUUGGGAAGCAUCGAUCACACGCUUUAACCACUUUGUUGAAGACACGCUGAUUCGAGCGCAUUGA